GUAUAUUGCCUUAUGACAUGUCUCGGAGAGAUGGCAACCUAUUUACCUGUACAUGGUUCUUUCAACCAUUACGCAACCAGAUUUGUUGAUUCGUCGUUGGGGUUUGCGCUUGGCUGGAAUUAUUGGCUUUCGGUAAAUUGCUGCAAACAAAAAAAAAAAGAAAAGACGAAAACAUUUGGCGUUUGUAAAUUACUUGACUGACACUUUUUUUUCACAUUUUUAACAUCGCCUUUAUGUUAACUAGUGGGUAACUAUUGCACUCACAUUUUUCUACUUUUUUAAAACCGUACUAACAAUUUUCUUUCUCGAUUUGGGAAUAGUCUGUUUCAAUCGCAACAGAGCUUUCUGCCGCUGCCACUAUUGUUAAUUGGUGGAGACCAGUGAUGCCAGACGCUGUUUGGUCUACUAUAUUUUUCCUCGUUAUUUUUGCUAUCAAUCUUGUCGGUGUUCGACUAUACGGUGAACUUGAGUACUGGUUUGCACUAUUGAAAAUACUCAUUGUUUUCGUGUUCAUCAUUAUUGCCAUUUUAGUUACCUCAGGAGC